GAAAAUGUUGUUUAUAAAAAGCCAGCUUUCAAUCCAAUUGCCUGAUGAUAAGCUUACAACAAGCCUCACCGUUGUUGAUAAGUGCCGCGCAUAUUGUCGCGCGGAGGAGUAGGGUAGGAAAAUAAACAAGCAGGGAAAGCCCAUAGCACCAAUACUUAGAUCUCAUGUGUGAUGUAUAAGAGAAAGAGAGAAAAGAGGAGUGCACAAAAUGUGCGUAAGUGAGAGUGCGUUCAUGGAUCAAAUAUAGCUGGUAGCAACACAGAACAAACACAUGGCCGACUUCGAUCAAGGAAGAAGCUGAGCUGAGGUGACAUUCUGCGAACUACGAAGACCGAGUUACAUAUUGCUCAUGAAUGAUUAAUUUUCUUUGAUGAUAACCAAUUUCAAACUAUACAGGAGCAUUUUACACGUGAUGUGAGGCACCGUGAGAGUAACACUGCGGUGCAUUCGAUCACUUUAUUGCUCUCUCUCUCUCGGGUGGAGCAAAGGGGGCCAAUCAGCAACAGAGAAAGAGCAAACCGUGGCGCGGCCUGCGUUCGUCCUGCGAGGCCGCCCGUAAGCCGGCUGAUUAUAUUGGGCUGAUCGCGUUAAAUAUGUUAAAGAGUGUUUUCCAUAAAUCAGUUAUUGUCAGUUUGAACUCGGUUAAGUGAAGAUCGAGGAGGGUAUCAAGUGCGGUGGAACCUUGUUGGGCGAACGAUAGUGAUCGAAUUUUAGUGCCAAGGAUUGCUCGGCUUUGAGAGAAGUGAAAAGAUUACAACGUUGAACUGUACUGCAGCCAUCGGAACUGGGCAUCUAUUUUUGAGUUGUGAUAGAGAAUGGACCCGCCGUCAUCAGUGACUACGUUGACGUCGCGAUCGACUGUCGAUAAUCAGCAACCCGUAGAAAACGUUGAGGACCAACAGCGAUCGAUUGAUCAAGCUGUCGUCGAUGAAAUGCUUAAUACCCAAGCGUUCACAGUACCACGUGUUCCAACCGUGGACGACAAUGGCACAGUAGAAAAGUACAAACUAACCGGCAAACGACUUGGCCGUGGAGUUGUGCAAUCCGGAUUGACACACGAGUGCGGUGUCUUCGGGGCGAUUGCCACAGGAGAAUGGCCCACCCAAAUUGAUAUCGCGCAGGUUAUCUGCCUAGGGUUGGUAGCCUUGCAGCAUCGGGGCCAAGAAUCGGCCGGUAUCGUCACAAGCGAAGCUAAAUGCGCCAAGAACUUCAACGUUCACAAGGGCAUGGGUAUGAUCAACAACAUAUUCACUGACGAUUCGAUGAAGAAAUUGAAGGGAAAUCUGGGCAUCGGCCACACGAGAUAUUCGACGUCUGCUGCAUCCGAAGAAGUUAAUUGCCAACCGUUCGUGGUCCAUACGGCCCAUGGGGCACUGGCAGUCGCUCACAAUGGAGAACUGGUCAACUGCGAAAGUUUGCGAAAGGAUGUACUAUCCCGAGGCGUGGGUCUAUCAACACACAGUGAUUCCGAACUGAUCACGCAAGCUCUCUGCCUUAACCCACCAGUUGCUGAAAACGAUGGUCCGGAUUGGCCCGCUCGCAUCAAACACCUCAUGCAGUUGGCUCCCCUGUCCUAUUCCCUGGUCAUAAUGCUCAAAGACAAAAUCUACGGAGUCAGAGAUCCGUACGGAAACAGACCCUUGUGCAUUGGAAAAAUUGUUCCACUGAGCAUUGGGUCUUACAGACAAGAAAAAGUAGACAAACUAGCAGCUGAAGGCUGGGUCAUCUCCAGUGAAAGCUGCGGAUUCCUAUCCAUCGGAGCGCGAUACGUCCGGGAAGUCCAACCGGGUGAAAUCGUAGAGUUGACCCGCAGUGGAAUCAAAACUAUCGACAUCGUCGAAUGUCCGGAGAAUCGGCGGUAUGCCUUCUGCAUUUUCGAGUACGUUUAUUUCGCCCGAUCGGAUUCCAUCUUCGAGGGUCAGAUGGUGUAUUCUGUGCGGCUGCAGUGCGGCCGACAGCUAGCUCGGGAAGCUUAUGUAGAUGCGGACAUCGUUAGCUCGGUGCCGGAGUCGGGAACGGCAGCUGCCCACGGUUACGCUAGAGAGACUGGACUCCACUUUGCGGAAGUGCUCUGCAAGAACCGUUACGUCGGACGUACCUUCAUCCAGCCUUCAACAAGGCUACGCCAGCUCGGCGUCGCGAAGAAAUUCGGUGCUCUUUCGGAGAACGUCUCCGGUAAACGACUGGUCCUGAUCGAUGACUCGAUCGUACGCGGUAACACCAUCGGACCGAUCAUCAAGCUCCUCCGAGACGCAGGUGCACUUGAAGUGCACAUCCGUAUUGCCAGUCCACCGUUGUUGUAUCCUUGCUAUAUGGGUAUUAAUAUUCCCACGCGGGAGGAACUGAUCGGUAACAAGCUCAACCCGGAGGAGCUGGCCAAGUAUGUCGGUGCGGACAGCUUGGCCUACCUGAGCGUCGACGGCCUGAAGAAGGCUGUUCAGCUGAAUAUGCAGAAAAACAAUCCGGAAAAAGUUGGACAUUGUACGGCUUGCCUUACAGGGGACUACCCGGGUGGGCUACCGGAGGACUUAGAUUGGUGAUGCGAGGAAGCGAUUCUUUCCGCAGAUUAUUAACUUUAUUCGUCAUACGAACGUCAUGACAUUUCUGAUUAAAAUUCUAUCAUGGUCAUGGGAUAAAGAUGUAUUGCCUAUAUUUAGAAUUACGAUAUUAGAAUGUCCUAUCUAAUAUCUUUAAUGACUAUUUUUUUUAUAAGAAAUCUAUAUGAUCAAUAAAGACUUUAUGUUGGUAAUCCGUA